AUGGGUGCCGAUCGGCGGCCGAAGAAUCCCGUUCAGAUCGCCGUGUGGUGGUUAAAAAAGCAGCCGCCUAAGAUUAAGGCGUUUCUCGGCGUAUGCAUCGGGAUUGCGGCGCUGAUAUUUCUGAGAUUCAUGGUGGUGGAUCAUGACAACCUCUUCGUCGCUGCUGAGGCCAUCCAUGCCAUCGGUAUCGGCGUGCUCGUCUACAAGCUGACGCGAGAAAAGAACUGUGCAGGCCUCUCCCUCAAGUCUCAGGAGCUGACAGCGAUAUUUCUGGCCGUCCGACUGUACUGUAGCAUGAUGAUGGAGAAGGACAUUCACACGCUAUUGGAUCUCGCGACUCUGGUUACCACCGCGUGGGUCAUCUACACCAUGCGAUUUCAGCUGCGCUCCACUCUGUCCGAAGACCUUGAUAACCUCGCGCACGUUUACAUUCUGGCGCCGUGCGCCAUCCUGGCGCUGCUGGUGCAUCCGCGCACGUCGCACUUCAUCGUGAACCGCGUGCUCUGGGCCUUCUGCGUCUACCUCGAGGCCGUCUCCGUGCUGCCGCAGCUGCGCGUCAUGCAGAACGCCAAGCUAGUGGAGCCCUUUACAGCGCACUAUGUCUUUGCGCUCGGUAUCGCUCGCUUCCUCUCCUGCGCACACUGGAUCCUGCAGGUGAUGGACGGGCACAGCUUCAUCAUGACCACCAUAGGCUACGGCAUGUGGCCUGCCAUGGUGCUGCUCUCAGAGAUCGUGCAGACCUUCAUUCUCGCUGACUUCUGCUACUACUACGUCAGGAGUGUGAUGGAAGGCCAGCUCAUGGUGAGACUGCCUACAGGGGUUGUCGUACCAGCUAACGUGCGGCUUGGCAAAUUGAAACAGCGGGUUGGCGAAGCAACAGGGUUACCCGCGGACGACCGGUUAACACUCAUUGUGCGAGGAACCGUGCUCGCAGGCGACUCGGCUUGCUCCUCGUCGUCUGAACCGUCGGAUCGUGCGAAACACGUCAUACUCGCUACAGUGCGGCCCAGAGCACCCCCGCCGCAGGUGGCGAACGCUAGAGUGGGGGAGGUGGAGGAGGAAGAGGAGGAGGUAUUUGUCAUCCCAGCAUCGGCAUCGCCUCUCCAGCGCCGAAUCUUCCUCUUCCUACAAGACGAAUGCAGAAUUCCAGGUUUCCUCCUCGUCCCCUUCUUCUGGCUGUCUCCUCACAAAUGGCUGCUGGUCAUCCUCUGGUUCAUCGCUGCACCGCUGCUUCAAUUAUAUUUCGAGCUCGGCCCACUCUUUAUCCUUGGCACCUGCUUUGCGCUCAUCUUCUUCAACCUUGGCACACGCCAGCAGGGGGAAGCAAGGUGA